AUGGCCGACCCAACCCCGGCCGCUACCCCGCCUCCAGCGCCGAAUGCGGCGCCAAAACCAACCCCGAACCCGGCAUUGCGCAUGCUCGGGCUGCCCGCCUUACCUCGAAAACUCCCUUCCCGGAACUGGAUGAUAUUCUGGACCAUCUCGGGUGCCAUUACAGCCGGUAUUAUCUACGACAAACGAGAAAAGAAAAGGGCAAUUGCAAAAUGGUCGCAUGCCGUGGAGCAUCUGGCCAAAGAGCCAGUACCCGACAAAAUGGGCCUAGCACAACCCCGCAAGCUCACCAUCUACCUCUCAAAUCCGCCCGGUGAUGGCCUACGCGUGGCCCAGGACCACUACACCGAAUACGUUAAGCCGAUUCUAGCGGCCAGUGGAUUGGACUGGGAGUUCGUACAAGGCCGCAAGGAAGGCGAUGUUCGUGCCUAUGUUGCCGAGCGAGUGCGCAGGAUCCGACACCAAGGGGAGAAUGGUGGCCAGCCGGACCCGACAAAGGAGCCUACGAAGGAGGAGUUUAUUGAGAACUUCCGUAGGGCGCAAGGCAUCCAGGACUACGACGGCGUGCGCGGCGAUAUCGUCAUCGGGCGGCAUACAUGGAAGGAGUACCUCCGCGGGUUGCAUGAGGGCUGGCUGGGUUCUCUGACCGCACCAGGGACAAUACCACCUCCGGAUGUAACUCAAGACGCCCAGGCUGGCGUGGCACUUACUGAGGAUACGUUCGGCGAGGGGUCUGAGGAGAGGCCUGUUGAGGACAAACCAGCCGAAGAAAAGCCCGUUGAGAAGCCAGCCGAGGAAGAGAAACCCAAGAGGCCACCCCAACCAAAACCCCAUAACACCACAGCCGACUAUCCCUCAGCAAUCCUCCCCGCUCUCACACCCCAGGAGUUCGACCCCUCCAUGCCCAUCCGGCAACCCCACCUCCUCGGCUUCCUCAACACCCCGACCCGCCUCUACCGCUUCUUCAAUCGCCGGAAGCUUGCCGACGAGAUCGGCCGCGAAGUCGCUGCCGUCUGCCUCAGUGCUGCCCGGGAGUACCGCCAGCUGCCCGCCGAGGCCGACGACGCGAGUCCAACGAGCACAUCCGCUGCGGUCAGGUACGAACAGCAAAAGGAGCUGGAGUGGGAAGAGAAAGAUUGGGUCAAGUCGGUUUGGAAAGAGGACGAACCCAAGGCCGACAAUGCCGCUGCGACUGCUGCGGCCGACGAGAUUCCCGAGAGGAUCCGUGCGAAGCCCAUUGUGAUGGACUGGCGUAUUGCUGAGCGUAUGCGCCGAUUCGAGCUCACACCUGAGGAUGAGCAGCGGAUAAACCGGAUUGUGGUGCCCGAGGAGGAGGUCGAGGGCUGGACCAAGGGGAAGCUCCGGAAGCUAUACCGUUGGGGCAAGAAGAAGGCGUUUGAGAAGGAAAAGCGGACGCCGCUGGAUGACAGUGACGUUGAGUAA